AUGACGCAGUUCCACUCUGAGAGAAUCAGUGUUUCAGUGAUGGAUUCGAUGGGGGAGCUGGAGGAGCAGGUGGACGAGCUGCUGGAAGGAAAGGGUGCAGAGGUGACCUUGUGUGACGUGGGUUUGGACCAGAGUAAACCAGCCACGCUCCGGAAAAACGUCACUUACAUAGUGUGUGCGCUCAUCUUCAACGACAAGGAGGAGGUGCUGAUGGUGCAGGAGGCCAAGUCUGAGUGCUACAAACAGUGGUACCUCCCAGCCGGGCGAGUGGAAGUGGGAGAAAGCUUGGAGGAAGCGCUCAAGCGAGAGGUGAAGGAGGAGGCGGGCUUCGACUGUGAGCCUGUGUCGUUGCUGAUGAUCCAAGAGCAGGGCCCACAGUGGAUCAGGUUCAUUUUCAUGGCUUCUGUCACAGGGGGCAGUCUGAAGACCCUGUCUGGGGCUGACCAGGAGUCUCUUCAGGCCUGUUGGUGGGACCGGCACAGUCCUCUCAGCCUCCGCGGCCGCGACAUCCUCCGACUCAUCGAGUCUGGACUCAAGUACCGUGUGGAUCCACUGCAUCCUCCAGUCCGACCCAUAGACCUGAGCUGUCGACACGUGGUCCAAAGACUCGUCCUGAUCUACACCAACUCAAAGGACCAAGUCUGGCUCCUGGUCUUCAGAGUGCCGUUCGCUCACCUACCUGUAGCUUCUGCGAUCAGGACCCAUGUGGUGUCGUGGGGGGCCAACAUGGUGGUCCAGGACGCGCUGCCCUCGUCCUACUACGAUCACGACGUGAGUACUCUGGGCGUCCUGUCGCUGCAGCACAACGGGCGUCAGAACGGCUGCACCGACGGCGUCUGUCUGAACACUCUGGUCAAACUGGUGCCAGACCCGCCACAGCGAGACGAGGACGGAGUGAAGCUGCCUCCUCCCGACGUAGAGCACCCUCCGAAGAUUGAAAACCCUCUGUACAUUUGGCACGAAAUCCAGAGUAUUGAACUGAAGGACAAACUUCUUCUGAGGAUCAAGAACUCGACCAUCCUCCCAAUGCAAAGUCUGUACUGA